UCCAAGGAACACAAGUCGCAGGCAGAAGGGGCACACAGAGGGAACUCUCACUAAAAUCAGGUCAGCUGGAGGUGGAUUGUGUCCGAGUGCCACCAUGCGUCAGGUGAUCUUCCUCCUCUUCGCCCUGCUUCCGCUGUCUCCCUCCCGUGGACAAGAUCCGUUCGCCUGGCUCUACAGCGGACGGCGCUCUCUGCAGGCGGACACCACAGGCGGCGAGUGUCCCCCCGAGUGUGACUGUCCUCCCACUUUCCCCAUCGCCAUGUACUGUGACGGGCGGGGCCUGACGGCAAUGCCCACCGUGCCCUCCCGGAUCAAAUACCUCUACCUCCAGCAUAACGCCAUCGCGGCUGUGUCCGACUCUGCUCUGGUCAACGCCACCGAGCUGAGGUGGCUCAUGUUGCACCACAACCUUCUCACGGCCAGCGCCAUCAGCCGGAAGGCCUUCGUGAAGUUGGAAGGACUGGAGCGUUUGUAUUUGCAACACAACAAUUUGACCCGCAUCCCUGAGAACCUCCCUCGUUCCUUGCGAGACCUGAGGAUGGACCAUAACAGCAUACAGCAGGUAACGCCUUCAGAUCUAGCCAGAAUGGAUAACCUCACCAUCCUGCAUCUGCAUGACAACGCUAUCUCAGACAUGGGUGCGUCACUACAGUCUCUGGCGUCCCUCACACUGUUGGACAUCAGCAACAACAAGUUGACUAAGGUCCCAGAGGGUCUCCCCGAGCAUCUCCACCAGCUCUACCUGGACGCCAACUCCAUCGCCUCUCUGUCCGAGGGCUUCUUGGGCGGUUUGACACGGCUGCAGUACCUGCGCUUGGCCCACAACCAGCUGACCAACACGGGCGUGCCCUCCGGCGCCUUUAACGUGACGGCGCUGGUGGAGCUGGACCUCAGCUUCAACAGGCUGGAGAGAAUCCCUCCAGUCAGCCUCGCCCUGCAGCAUCUCUACCUGCAGGCCAACCAGAUCAAAGAGUUCACACUGGGAAGUUUCUGCAGCCUCGUGGACGUCAACAACUUUUCCAGACUGGAAACUCUGCGCCUGGACGGCAACCAGAUCGCUCGCCAGGACAUCCCGUCCGAUUCGUCGCUUUGCCUGCGCCUGGCCUCCAGCAUCGACGUUUAAACGCACCGCACAGCCUCUUCAAAGGUGACGACUUGGUUUACGUCUGUUUCAUGUUUGAAGUGACCUCAACUGCAUCAUGGGUGAUCAAAUACUUGAUAAUAAAUAUGAGUACUAUGUAUAUACAUAGUCAGGUAUGUUGUACACUAUAUUGCCAAAAGUAUUUGGCCACCUGCCUUUACUCACAUAUGAACUUGAAGUGCCAUCCCAUGGAAUUGUCCAAAAUGUUUUGGUAUCCUGGAGCAUUCAAAGUAUAUUUUACUGGAACUAAGGGGCCAAGCCCAACUCCUGAAAAACAACCCCACACCAUAAUUCCUCCUUCACCAAAUUUCACACUCGGCACAAUGCAGUCCGAAAUGUAGCGUUCUCCUGGCAACCUCCAAAACCAGACUCAUCCAUCAGAUUGCCAGAUGGAAAAGCAUGACUCAUCACUCCAGAGAAGACGUCUCCACUGCUCUAGAGUCCAGUAGCGACGUGCUUUACACUACUGCAUCCCACGCGUUGCAUUAGACUUGGUGAUGUAUGGCUUAGAUGCAGCUGCUCGGCCAUAAAAAAAACAUUCCAUGAGGCUCUCUGCGUACUGUACGUGGGCUAAUUGGAAGGUCACAUGAAGUUUGGAGCUUUGUAGCAACUGACUGUGCAGAAAGUCUUUGCACUAUGCCGACCCCUCUGUCAGUUUACGUGGCCUACCACUUGGUGGCUGACUUGCUGUUGUUCCCGAACUCUUCACUUAUAAUAAAGUUGACUUUGGAAUAUUUAGGAGCAAGGAAAUUUCACGACUGGAUGAGAGCGGCCCAUUCUUUCACAAAUGUUUGUAGAAGCAGUCUCUAUGCCUAAGUGCUUGAUUUUAUACACCAGGCCUAGUAUAAAAUUUAACACCUGCUUCUCAUCACUUGGAUGGGUGGCCACAUACUUUUGGCAAUAUAUUGUAUGUGUUCUUUUAGUUCAGAUAGAGCAGGGGUUCUUAAGCUUUCUGACCUCAGGGCCCACCUCUUCCACUACACAUGGGCCCGGGACCCAUUCAAAUAUUAACAUUCUUGAUUUUAAUCAUAUUCAAUAAUUAUAUCUAACCUACUUACAGUUUAACAGGAUCAACCUCGUCAAAUGAUAUGAAAGCAUGUGUUCGUCAUCAAGGCUUAGGUCAGGCUGAUUUCCGAAAUAAAUACUAAUCAAAUAUUCAGCAAAAGGAGGGACUCGUAAAAACUGAUGAAAGAUCAAUUAACCUACAAUUAUGCAGUGCUAAAAUAUAAACAAUCUAAUUAAAUUAAUAAAUAAUAUAUAUGUUUUUUUAAAUAAACUGUCAAUAAAAUUAAAGUGCAAACAAAAAUACAGCUCCACCCACUUUAGUAAUUUUUUUGCGCUUAAGAAACGUUUCUAUGACUUUAGCUCCAGACUUCUUUUGUUUGUUUGAUGUUGUCAAUACUGCCACAAGUGGUGGAACAGUGUAAGUACGGAUCACAGCUGAGAAAAACAGAUAUUUUUUACGGCCCUCUAGGUGGCGUUCGCGGCCCAACAGCGGGCCCCGGCCCUAUGGUUAAGAAACGCUGAGAUAGAAGACGUACACUCGUUUUACUUUAAUUAAUCAUUAUUUUGGCUUUUUUUAUUACACUUUUCUUGCUCUUUUUCUCUGCAUACAUAUAUUUAAUCAAGUAGUCUUAAUAUUUGACUUCUGACUCGUGUGAAGUUAUGGAAUAAAUAUUCUAUGAUCUAUGUUCUUUAUUAUUUGGAGUUGCAGGCAACAAUCAUGACCGGUCACUACAGCUAAAUGACAACCCAACUUGUGUCUGUUUUGUCCUGUGCUUUUCUGUGUACUGCUUGACUGUCUGUCCAUAAUCAAUCAAUCAAUCAAUCAAUCAAUCAAUCAAUCAAUCAAUCAAUCAAUCAAUCAACGUUUAUUCAUACAGUGUCUCAAAGGGCAGUACAAGCUACAACGAUCCCACAUCAGGGCAAGAAAAAACUCAACCCACGCUAAGUGUUCAUUUUAUCUUUAACAAUGUGUGUUUUGCCUGCUACAUGUCUUAUAUGUGUACUUUUAGCCAUGGUAUUAUUUUUAGUACCAUAUUUUUUGGACUAUAAGGCGCACUUAAAAUUAUUAUUUUUUUCUCAAAACUCGACACUGCGCCUUAUAACCCGGUGCGCCUAAUGUACGGAAUAAUUUUGGUUGUGCUUACCGACCUCAAAGCCAUUUUACUUGGUACUUGGUUUAAUGUUAAGUGUGACUAGUAGAUGGCAGUCAAACACAAUAGAUACGUGUAGACUGCAAUAUGACUCAAGUAAACAACACCAACCUUUUAUAUGUUCCAUUGAAAAUAUAGAACAUUACACACGGCGCUAAAAAAUUUAUCAAAAUGUUUUAGUACGACUUUGGUAAGCUAUGAAGCCGACCACUUGAUGGAUUGUACUCUGCUUCAACAUAGGAGUAUUACUAUGGUGUGUGUAUAAGGUAAGACAUAUUACCUGGCGUUUUGUUUCGCAAUAUUACGCAAAAGCAACUUUUCUUACCUUCUGGUUGGUACCUGCUGAUCUGUAUUUGGGAUCUGCAUAAAUCCUGAAAAAUUGCGUAAUGUAAAGUUCUUACUUAUAUCUCUCAGUAAACUCGCCAUGAAAGCGCUAAAACAUACCGGUGUAGUGAGUUUACAAUAUUCACCCAAGGAACUUUAAUUAUUAGUAAGUUUCGGUCGGUUGGUUUUUCAGGAGGAACAGUGUGGUUUUCGUCCUGGUCGUGGAACUGUGGACCAGCUCUAUACUCUCGGCAGGGUCCUUGAGGGUGCAUGGGAGUUUGCCCAACCAGUCUACAUGUGCUUUGUGGACUUGGAGAAGGCAUUCGACUGUGUCCCUCGGGAAGUCCUGUGGGGAGUGCUCAAAGAGUAUGGGGUUUCGGACUGUCUGAUUGUGGCGGUCCGCUCCCUGUAUGAUCAGUGUCAGAGCUUGGUUCGCAUUGCCGGCAGUAAGUCGGACACGUUUCCGGUGAGGGUUGGACUCCGCCAAGGCUGCCCUUUGUCACCGAUUCUGUUCAUAACUUUUAUGGACAGAAUUUCUAGGCGCAGUCAAGGCGUUGAGGGGAUCCGGUUUGGUGGCUGCAGGAUUAGGUCUCUGCUUUUUGCAGAUGAUUUGGUCCUGAUGGCUUCAUCUGGCCAGGAUAUUCAGCUCUCAAUGGAUCGGUUCGCAGCUGAGUGUGAAGCGACUGGGAUGAGAAUCAGCACCUCCAAGUCCGAGUCCAUGGUUCUCGCCCGGGAAAGGGUGGAGUGCCAUCUCCGGGUUGGGGAGGAGCAAGUACCUCGGAGUCUUGUUCACGAGUGAGGGAAGAGUGGAUCGUGAGAUUCAGUAAUGCGGACGCUGUAUCGAUCCGUUGUGGUGAAGAAGGAGCUGAGCCGGAAGGCAAAGCUCUCAAUUUACCGGUCGAUCUACGUUCCCAUCCUCACCUAUGGUCAUGAGCUUUGGGUUAUGACCGAAAGGACAAGAUCACGGGUACAAGCGGCCGAAAUGAGUUUCCUCCGCCGGGUGGCGGGGCUCUCCCUUAGAGAUAGGGUGAGAAGCUCUGUCAUCCGGGGGGAGCUUAAAGUAAAGCCGCUGCUCCUCCACAUCGAGAGGAGCCAGAUGAGGUGGUUCAGGCAUCUGGUCAGGAUGCCACCCGAACGCCUCCCUAAGGAGGUGUUUAGGGCAUGUCCGACCGGUAGGAGGCCACGAGGAAGACCCAGGACACGUUGGGAAGACUGUCUCCCGGCUGGCCUGGGAACGCCUCGGGAUCCCCCGGGAGGAGCUGGACGAAGUGGCUGGGGAGAGGGAAGUCUGGGCUUCCCUGCUUAGGCUGCUGCCCCCGCGACCCGACCUCGGAUAAGCGGAAGAAGAUGGAUGGAUGGAUGGAUGGAUGGAUGUUUUUUCACGGGACACAUUUCAGGCCUUGUUGUUGUUUCCGGAUGAGGAGAUGCUGCACCGUUGUUGAAUUAAGUAAAGUCUGAAAGUCAUUAAAACAGUUAGCUCCAUCUUUUGACACUUCUUCCACUACUAUCCUUGCACGCUACACCCCUACAACAAAGAUGACGGGGAGAAGACGCUGUCGAAGGUGAGCCACGUAAAUAAGACGGCCCACAAAACGGCGCAUCCGGAAGCCACUGUCAAAAAGUGACUUGAAGAUGAUCUAUAAAACAUCAUCCAUGCAACAUUUUGACCAAAGAACCACCAUUACAUGUUUUGUAGACCACAAGGAAGUAUUUUACAUUUAGAAAAAAAAAAUCAUAAUAUGACCCCUUUAAUGCGCCUUAUAAUCCGGUGCGCCUUAUAUAUGGAAAAAGAUUGAACAUAGACAUUCAUCGGCAGUGCGCCUUAUAAUUCUGUGCGCCCUAUGGUCCGUAAAAUAUGGUAACCAUCCUGUUGAGCGCAUAAUGUAGACAGCUGCUUGGCUUGAUACCAAAUAUUUGCAGAGUUCAAACCGCCCACGUAGCGCAAACCAUUGCAAAUGAAAUGACUGAAUUUUGUAACAAAUUGCUACAAUUUGUGUUUUAUCUUUAACAAAUGUGUGUUUUACCUGCUACAUGUCUUGUAUGUGUACUUUUUGCCUUGGUAUUGUUUUUAGUAUUUACUAAGGAUUGUAUUGUUUUAAAUCACAGACAAAGAGUGGCAACCAUAAAUCAUGAAGUAUUUAACAAAAUGUCAAUACAUCUUUUUAGUCUAUUCUAACCUAAUCCUGGAUUAUGGCAGACUAUACGUAAAAUGUAGGAUUGUAAAUUGUUCUUUGAGUGCAACAAGAAAAACCCAGUGUGGUAGUCUUAGCAACUGGUGUAAUUUUGUCUCUGUCCCCGCACCUGCUCUCAUUCAGAGCACACCUGAUCCCAAUUAAGGGUCGCGCUACCAAACCGUCCCGGUGUAGCAUUUGCGUGCCGGAGCGUUGUACCACAAACACAUCGGGCCCCAUUCAGCAACCGUUCUUAAGAACACAUUUUGCUCAUAGGCCCACUUACGAAGUUUUUAAGGAGAUUUUUGUAUUCACCAAUGUUUUCUUAGCUGGGAUUUGUUCGUGGGUAAGAACAAAAUCUACGAGUGCUCCAGAGCACUCUUUGGGUGGCUUAUUUGUUCUUAAGUGUGACAAGUUCCCUUACUUCUAUUGUCUAAUGUUACAUUAAUAUCAUAGAUAGAUAGAUAUGGAUAUAUAUAUAUAUAGAGAGAUAUAUAGAUGGAUAGAGAUACAAAAGUGUUUGGCCACCUGCCUUGACUCACAUAUGAACUUGAAGUGCCAUCCCAUGGAAUUGUCCAAAAUGUUUUGGUAUCCUGGAGCAUUCAAAGUUCCUUUCACUGGAACUAAGGGGCCAAGCCCAACUCCUGAAAAACCAACACCACACCAUAAUUCCUCCUCUACCAAAUUUCACACUCGGCACAAGGCAGUCCGAAAUGUAGCGUUCUCCUGGCAACCUCCAAACCCAGACUCAUCCACCAGAUUGCCAGAUAGAAAAGCGUGAUUCAUCAGUCCAGAGAAGGUGUCUCCACUGCUCUAGAGUCCAGUGGCGACGUGCUUUACACCACUGCAUUGGACUUGGUGAUGUAUGGCUUAGAUGCAGCUGCUCGGCCAUGGAAACCCAUUCCAUGAAGCUCUCUGCGUACUGUACAUGGGCUAAUUGGAAGGUCACAUCAAAUUUGGAGCUCUGUAGCAACUGACUGUGCAGAAAGUCUUUGCACUAUGCGCUUCAGCAUCCGCUGACCACUCUCUGUUAGUUUACGGGGCGGUAUAGCUCGGUUGGUAGAGCGGCCGUGCCAGCAACUUGAGGGUUGCAGGUUUGAUCCCCGCUUCCGCCAUCCUAGUCACUGCCGUUGUGUCCUUGGGCAAGACACUUUACCCACCUGCUCCCAGUGCCACCCACACUGGUUUAAAUGUAACUUAGAUAUUGGGUUUCACAAUGUAAAGCGCUUUGAGUCACUUGAGAAAAAGCGCUAUAUAAAUGUAAUUCACUUCACUUCACUUCACUUCACUUCACUAUGUGGCCUACCACUUGGUGGCUGACUUGCUGUUGUUCCCAAACUCUUCAAUUUUCUUAUAACAAAGUUGACUUUGGAAUAUUUAGGAGCGAGGAAAUUUCACGACUGGAUUUGUUGCACAGGUGGCAUCCUAUCCUGGAAAUCACUGAGAGCGGCCAUUCUUUCACAAAUGUUUGUAGAAACAGUCUCCAUGCCUAAGUGCUUGAUUUUAUACACUGGGCCAAGUGAUUAGGACACCUGAUUCUCAUCAUUUGGAUGGGUGGCCAAAUAUUUUUGGCAAUAUAGUGUAGAUAAGACAGACAGACAUAUAGCAAAAUGAGCAAUAUAUAGACAUUUCAAAAUACCGCACACACGCACGCACACACACACACACACACACACACACACACACACACACACACACACACACACACACACACACAAUGGCAAUGCUUUUGCUGCCAUUGAAAGAUGCCGCAGAUCGUGCCCUGGAGAGGGAGCGCAUAUUUCACCACCAUGUAUACCUAUUUGCCCCAAAUGACGAAUAUUUAUUUGAACGCUGCAGUCCCCCCUUUCUUAAAGUUACGUUUUUACAUUAUGCAUUUCCCCCAUGGGAUAAUACGAAUUUCUCUUCUGUAAUCUGCUUGUGUUUUCUCCUUGUGUUUGGUGUUCGGCUUUUCCGCCGGAAUUGUGCCCUUAUACGGGGAAUUAAGGGCGUUUACCUAUACAAAUUAUGGAAUUAAGGGCGUUUACAUAUGCAUACUGAGGAAAUAAGGGCGUGUUUAUAUGCAAAUUAUGAUAGACACGCACGCGCUAACCAUUUGGCAUUCAGCAACUUAAGAACAGCAGGUGGUAACAAUUUGGGGGUUUAAGAACACGUCAUGAAUUUGAAUUGACUCCUCUUAGGAAAUCACUUAGGAAGAAAGAUAAGAGGAAAAGUUAGGAACUUAUUGCUGAAUGGGACCCAGUGUCCUUGAUAUCACUGGACAGAAUCCUUGUCUUUGCUUCCCAGGUCUGCCCAGUAUUUCCGGGUUUUGCCUAGCGUCCUUAUUUUUGUGUUUUGGUGUAUCCUUUGUAGUAUUCUCAUGGUGUGUUAGUUUUUGCCGCCAUCACUUUUUGUCUGCUGCCUUUUUGUGUUUACCCUCAAGAAUAAAGACUUU